AUGGACGGUGUCAGAAGAAGAGGAAGAGUACGGAUGAGAGGGGGAAUCCGGAGAGAACAAGGUGGAGGAAGAGGCCAAGGGCCGGACAGAGACUGGUUGUGUGGGUGUGAACUCACUGCUCAGUCCUGUGAGAGUUUGUCAUCAGUUUUGAAAUCCUCAAACUCUGUCCUGAAAGAGCUGGAUCUGAGUAACAAUGACCUGCAGGAUUCUGGAAUGAAACUUCUUUCUGAAGGACUGAAGAGUCCAAACUCUAAGAUGGAAAUGUUGAGAUUGUCCAUAUGUAAUCUCACUGCUCAGUCUUGUGAGAGUUUGUCAUCAGUUUUGAAAUCCUCAAACCCUGGCCUGAGAGAGCUGGAUCUGAGUAACAAUGACCUGCAGGAUUCUGGAGUGAUGCUUCUUUCUGAAGGACUGAAGAGUCUAAACUGUCAGCUGGAGACACUGAGCCGUGUUGACGGCGCAGAUUAGAGUUUCACUUAUCCAAAGAUGUUCUGAGGGCAGAAAGGAAAAUGAUUGGUUCACAGAUUGACCCAAUGAAAUUACGGCAGAGGCGGGGCCUAGGCUUUUUGAAAUGUGGAGGAAAAAGUUCGCAGACUUAGCACAGAUACUUUGGAGACUUCGUGGGAUUGAUUGCUGUUGUAAGUUACCUGGAGGAGUUGCAAAAUCUGGACAAAUCAAAGGCGCUAACACUGAAGAUCUGAUACUGCCGAGUCCAAAAUGGUGCAAAAAUGGAGAUGUAUGAAAAACGGUGUAAGUUUGGAUCCACCUGAUAAAAGCACAUAAUAGCCAGAUUCAGUCGGUAACUGUUAAUCAUGGGGACGCAAGCGAUUUUCAACAUUUACAGGCAGGGGCGUCGUAGUUGGGUGAAAAGUGGGACUAAAUUACCAGGGCCCCAAGUGGGGGGAGGGCCCCUGAGGAGUGACAUUUUAUUUUCCUUUAAAUAUAAUUUUAAGAUAUGUUGUUAACUAAUGUAAAUGCUAAUAUUUUGGGUAAAUGCAUCAGUUGAUUGAUGUAUUAAAUGGUGUCCAAGUACAUAUAGUGUCUGUAGGUAGUUGUGAACCUCAAGCUUACGGGGGCCCAUGGCUGCUGCUUGUGCAUAGGGCCCAGAAUUUGGUGCUACGCCCCUGUUUACAGGGCCAUCCGAAUCCAGAAUGUUGGUGUUCUUCUCCCACCACCCUCGAAAUUUCCAGCGAAAUUACAUGCUGUUUUUUAGGCACCAAAGUUGUGUGGUCGAAAAAAAUCGAUUCAAAAUGAACAACAAAAAUAUUUCAUAACUUCUCCAGCACAGCGGAUAGGAACUGUUAAGAACAAAAAGACAAGAAAAGUGCUUAAACAUUUUAAAUUAGUCAUUAUAAUGGCAGUAAUAUGUAUGCAAUAAAAUUUUAAAAUAUAGGCCUACAAUUACAUACAUAAAAAUAUAAACCAAGCAGCCUUGUCAUUUAUAGUCCCUCAUGUCCACUGCGUUCUCAAAACUUUGAAAAUACCCAAAAUAUCAAAAUCAACUGUGGCGGCAGAUAAUUUUCUUAUUUAGCGCCCACACUCUGGAACAAUCUACCCAACACUGUUCAGGAGGCAGACACACUCUGUCAGUUUAAAUCUAGAUUAAAGACCCAUCUCUUUAACCCGGCCAACACAACACAUUAACACAUUUCUAUAAUUCAAGUCCAUUAAAGGAUGGUUAGGCUGCAUUAAUUAGGUCAACCGGAACCGGGAAUAAUUUUCCAUAACACCUGAUGUACUCAUUGCAUCGUAAGAAGAAUGGCAUCUACACUAAUAUUAGUCUGUUUCUUUCUUAUUCUAAGGUCACCAGAUGAUGGAUCAGCACCUAGAGAUGACCUCUACCUCCCUAAAUGUCCUAAAUGAGUUCUUUGCAAUCUGGCUUUGCUGCAACAUGGAACUUUUGCAUUAUUGACACACUAUUGUCCUAUUUAAAAACUGUAAAGUUGCUUUGACACAACCUGUUUUGUUAAAAAGCGCUGUAUAAAUAAACUGAUUGAUUUACCUCAUGUAAAUAAGAGGUUGCAUGCAACUUAUUUCUGCUAAUCUUCACAUUUCUCAUGACACCUAUCAUUUGGAGAGAUAAAAUUUAAGAAAACCAUUUCAGCUAUAGUGGGUCUAUUUUUGAACUUGAUAUUUAAAUAAACAACAUAUUAUUAAAUUUAAAUUUAUUCUUAAUACAAGCAUGUGACAUUUAAUUUAUAGCAGACAACUAUGCAACAGGCCAUAUUCCUGGGUUCAUAUGAUCACACUGUGAAUAAAUCAAAUCCAUGAGUUUUAUCACUGAGGUGCCACAUACAUAAAUUUUUACAUAGGUUCCUACUGUCCAAAUAGGGCUUCUCUCACAGAGUUCACUUGGUGAUACAUAAAUGUGAUUACAAAAGGUACCAGUCAAUUUUUGUGCAACCACUUAAUGUUCCUCCCAUGGACUAUUGCAGAGAAAUUAAGACUUGUAAUUUUAAUUAUAACUUGUGAGUUAUUCAUUUAUUAUUAUUAUUUUAAUAAUUGUGUUGUUAAUGUUGUAUCAUUCAAUAUCUGUUGUACAGAUUGUUUAAGAACAAAAUAAAAGAAAUGUUGAUUGAA